AUGGUGUCUGCUACAAAGCAAAAGGAUAUACAGCUUGAUGCUUUAGAGGUAUCGGCUGAAAUUCCUCCUGUUCAUUCUCUAUUCCUAGAUGAAAAUUCGGAAUCCUUAGGCACGUCCUUUUCGGCUCCCUCAACUGUUAUGAGACGCGAAUACAACCCUGAAAACCCUGAGAGGCCCCCAAACUAUUGCCUUCGAACUAGACAAUUUCCAGCGCAAUUUGACACUCUUUUAGUUGGCCUAAAAUUGGCUAAUGAAGAUUGGGCUGGAACUAAUUCAGAUGUCGAUAUCACCAUUACAAUUAACGACAAGAAAAAAGCUGCAGCAUUCAAAGGCAACAGUAGCCCGAGCGUUAAUGCGCGUGAAACUAUCACAUUGAAAGCCGCAGACUACUUUGGAGCCGAGAAAGUCAACUUGACGGAUCUAAAAGUGUUGAAGAUUUAUGCUUACCAUAAUGGUCAUAUUUUUGACGGAUUCGAAGGGUUGCAGUUUAAGUUAGAAGGGGUUGUUUUGACCGCCACUGACAACAACCGUGGUAUUUCGUACAGUAAUGUGCAAUACGAGUUCGUAAAUGAAUGGAUCAGCCCAUCCUCGUCCUAUCAACCGCGCAAAACAUGGGACCUGGAUGACAAUCAAUGGCAUGCGAGCAAGCCUGGAAAGGCACAUGCGUAA